AAAAAUGCUAUUGCUGAGAAUCUUUGAUAUUAAUAGCCACCACAAGAAAUGUACUCAUAUUUAUUAUUCCGUAGUUAUCAUUGUUUGAACCAAUAACAGUGCGAAAGCCGAAGAGUCAUUUUUCUUGGGACUUUGAGUUGUACACUGAGAUUCUUUCUUAAGAGGAAUUGUGUCAAGUACUCAAAAGAGCAAUACUUUGCAACAAAAAAAAUAAGAGAGCAAUACCAGGGAGAAUAUCUGAUAAGUUGGAAAUAGAAAAAAGAAGAAAAAGAAAUGAGGAGGUGUAGUAGGAGGGUAAGCUGGUCAGAUCUACCUAAGGAGAUUCUCCGAUCAAUUGCUCAACUCGUUGGUGAAAACACUGAUGAUUCAGAGGGGUGUGCAAGAACUGGUGGUGCUCAACCACCAUGUCUGCAUUCUUGCCUAAAUUUGUUGAUGAACGUCGCAAUUCAGGUAAUUACUUGUUCUCCUCCUCCAUCCUCCUCCUCCGCCCGCGUGGUUCUGGAUCUGACACUACUCCAUGGAUGGUCAGCAUUGUUGAGAAAACCAUAGGAGAUAUCCAACUGUACCACCCUCUUUACGGAACCCGUCUUCUACAUAAUCUGAAUUUAGAACAUUUUCAGUCAUCUAGGCUUGCUUUAGCUUACCAUGAUUUUUGCUCAAAUGGCUUUCUGCUACUGAAAAAGUCCUGUUGUUCUCAAACAUAUCUGUUCCAAGCUUCCGGGACUGUUCGUUGCUGUAUUUAUGCAAUGGAGGUCGAUUGGGUGGGUAUCCUCCUAUGGAGACGGAAAGUGAAGUACUAUGGGUUGACUUAUCUUGUGAUUCUGCUAGAAAAUUUGAUGACAUUGUAAACUUUGGGGGGAUCUUCUAUGCUUUAGAUACACAAGGAAAACUAUACCAAAUUGCCGUUGACAAAUUCACCAUAUUUAAAGCCCUCGACUUCCUCACUCUUCCUGCUUGUGGUCCGCCAGAAGAGGAAUGCAGGAGACGGUUGGUACGAUCAUCAACGACUGGGAAAUUGUUUCUAGUUAGGAAGAUGAUUCAAAAGUUGUAUGUUUACGAGUUGUUUAACGUUAACAGCAGCUUAUAUCAAUGGGUUAAAGUUCAGAGUUUUGGGGAUGAUAAACAAGUGUUGUUUGUGUCUAAAAACUACUGCUUCCUUGCCUCUGCUGCGGAAUUUCCUGGCUGUGAACUCAGUAACUGCAUAGUUUUCUCCCGCGAUGCCUUCCCUCGUAGGUCUAAGAGUGGCGGCUGGAAAUCGAAGGUCCUUACUAGAUUUGAAGAAGAGCCUCAGGUUUACCGGUUAGGAAGUAAUGACUGUUUCAAACCAGUUUCAGCUUUCCCCAUCAAUCUCUGGUCACCCCCGCUGUGGAUUUCAUCGGAUCACACCCCUGCUGUCUCCUUGCCACAACCUCACAGGGGGCAUAUAGGAAGUAAAGACAUGCCGCCGUCUGUUUCAAGCAGUGAGGAAGGUGCACCUCAACAAAGCCUUACACAGAAUAGAUCUGCUCCCUCACCUGAAUUCAGAACAAACACUCACUCUGUAUCGAGGGCUUAUAUAACCUCUAUAACUCAGAGCAGCAGAAGUGAAAACUCAACAGUCAAAUUUGAAGGACUUGAUAUAAGGUCUACUUUACUCCCGACAUUGCAGAGUUUAUGGUUCAAACAUGGGAACUUAGUAGAAAAUAGCACCAUCAGUAACGGUGACAUCAUUGCCAGGGCAUUAGAGUCGUUAGCGACUGCAGUACUCAUUCUUGAAGAAAACUCAGCUCGAGCCUUGAGUGAUUCUCAAGCUGAUUACCUGAGCUCAACAUUGUCUGACCUAAGAUGUAUGCAAUUCAAAGUGGACUGGUUAGGUCCUUAUGUAGAGAAAGCUAUAGAGCUACACAAAAGUAAGCCAUUGAUGAUGCCUUUGAUGGAUACUCUCGACACUCUAGGCCAUUGUAAGACACGAGUUGCAGAAAGGAUAUCAAAGCUCCUUGAAGAACUAGCUCAACUUGAUAAAAUGGAUGAUGAACUGGAGGAAGAUAUGGCCAAUGUGUCAAAGAUGAUUCCUUUUUCUGGAAAUGUAGAUUUGGACAAGCCUUUAGGAGCGGGUUUGUCAUGAAUUCUGCUCUUCUUAUCUAGUUUAGAAGGAAAGGCCAAACAAGGGAUUGAGCUUGUGGAGGAAGUGGAUCAUGGUGUCACGUAUACGAAUGGUGAUAAAUUGUUCAAAUGCUCAAGUUUUUCCAAUUUUUUGCUGAAUUUAAUCUGUGUGAAGGUAUGGGUUUUUUGGUUGAGAUUUAGUUGAAGGGGAUGAUGAUUAUGUGUUAUUUCUUACUGCCUCAUCUUUGUUUAUGAUGUUGUUUUUCUUCCGUAUUCUAAUUACACAGAAUGGAAGUCUAAUUUAGUUCUUUUUGAAUCGCAAUAUUCAAAAUUUUACAUUAUUCUACACCUGAUCAGAUGCGGGCCAGGCUGGGUUCAUCUGGGCUACCAGAUUUUGCCCAUCAGGCCGGACCAGCCGGGUCAAACUAUAGGCUGAAUUUUUCUUCCCAAAUUUUGCAAAAAUAGUGGGUUUUCUUUUUCUUUUUUUUGGCAAAAAUAGUGGGUUUUCAUGCCAUAUUCAGAGCUUUACUAAAAUUCAAUUUUGAGUUGCCUAAAAUUCACCCACCUUUUUAAUUGGGCCGGACCAGUCCACAAAAACGCCUCUAAAUUUCUGCCCAAAACCUGCUACUUUCGAGACGGUUUGGGUAGGCUAGUGGGUCAGCUCUUGAUGAAGGGGGCAUAUAGGAAGUAAAGACAUGAAAUAUUAGAGCGCCACCUAGGAUUACCAUUGGUUUAAGCCAAUGAAAAAUAAGAUUUCUAAUUUAUUUUUGAAUUAAAAAAAUCAAGUACCACGUAGAUAAUUAAUUAGGUGCCACGUAGAUAUUUUGAUUAAUUAAUCUAAUAUAUUAUAUAUAUAAAGGAGGCAUAUUUGCUGAAAUAUUAAAGCGCCACCUAGGAUUACUAAUGGUUUCGGCCAAUGAAAAAGAAGAUUUCUAAUUUAUUUUUGAAUUAAAAAAAUCGAGUGCCACAUAGAUAUUUAAAUAGGUGCCACGUAGAUAUUUUAAUUAAGUAAUUGCUAAUACAUACAACUCCAUCUAAAAUCAAACACUCUAAUAAUUAAAAAAUAAAUCUAAAAUAAAAUUUAUCCAAAAUCAAACACUAAUCUAAAAUAAAAUUCAAUCCAAAAUCAAACAUUAAUCCAACAUUAGAGCGCCACGUAGGAAAUAUAAUGGUUUUGACCAAUGAAAAAUAAGAUUUCAAAAUUAAUUUUGAAUUAAAAAUCAAACACUCUAAUAAUUAAAAAUAAAUCUAAAAUAAAACUCAUCCAAAAUCAAUCACUAAUCUAAAAUAAAAUUCAUCCAAAAUCAAACCCUAAUCUAAAAUAAAAUUUAAUCUAAAAUCAAAUACUAAUCUAAUAUUAGAGCGCCACGUAGGUAAUCUUAUGCUUUCGGCCAAUGAAAAAUAAUAUUUUGAAUUAAAAAAGUCGAGUGCCACGUAGAUAAACAAUUAGGCGCCACAUAAAUAUUUUUAUUAAUUAAUUAUCAAUAUUACAAAUAUACAAUUUCAUCCAAAAUCAAACACUCAAAUAAAUUAAAAAAUAAAUCUAAAAUGAAAUUCAAUCCAAAAUAAAAAAUAAUCUAAUCUAAUAUAUAAAUAUAGCAAUCGGUAUAUAUAUGAGUUUUAUUUUAACUGAAUAUAUAAUUUAAUAAAAUUCUUGCAUCGCACGGGCUAAAAUCUAGUUCCUAGGAUAGUCGGAAAUUUUGACGUCUUCUAGCUACUAGACUACUACUUACUCGUAUAUAGUUCUAGACUUAUUGUAUCGAUCUCAACCCGAACACUAAUAGAAUUAGGUGUCCUUAUUUUGUAUUUAUGUAUAAUUUAUAUUUAUAUAUUCUCUCUACUAUCAGUUUAAUUUCACUUUCUCAGGUACUUUUCGAUUUGAUAUACGUGUUUUUCUUAAUUGCCUUGGUUGUUGUUGUAGAGCUUGAUUUAAGUUGUUUAUAUUUGUUAUCGGUUGAUAUUUGUAGUUAGUCAAUUAUUUUCAAAUCUAAAAUAUGGGAGUAUAUAUGAACCAAUAGAUGAGGAAGUGGCGCACUAGUAAAUUUAAAAUUAUUAAUAUGUUGUACUACUAGAUUACGUGGAUGAACAAACAAAUUUGUGAAAAAAGUUAAGGAUUUGGAAUUGUUCGGUUUGCAUAAUUUUGUUUCUCUUUUGGCAUAUUCGAUUGAAACUAAUUUACGAUUUUUUAAUAGAGCAUCUAUUACUAUAUAUUAAAAGAGACACCAUAAAUGACACGUGUCAUUUCCUGGUGCGUUUUUUUCUCGCCAAACAUCACUUUUCCAAAAAAAGUGUAUUUGUUUUAUUUUAUUUUAUUCUCUACCUUUUUUAUAUAAACUAUUUAUGUUUGGAAACAAAAUUUAGUUUAUAAAUUAUUGCAAUAAUAAAUACGAUGUAAUAAUAAUUAUUCUAAAUUGGUAAUAUUUUAGUCAAAUCGCUAUACUAAUAAUCGCUAUAUCACUCAGUAUUUUAGUCAAAUUACCAUAUUAGCAUUUAAAAUAUGCACAUUAGAUGAAUAAAUUUAAACGAGUAUAUUAAAAAUGUUAUAACAAUGCAAUAGUUUGGGAGAUAAUUAGUUAAAUAUUUUGUGAAAAAAGUAUCAAAAUUCGUGCGUGCACGGAAUCUAAUCUAGUACUGUACUAAUUAUGGGUGUACUUGUUGUUUGGUUGAGUAGUUUUCAGAAUGGGAGAUUUGGUGCAACCGUUUGUUGUUGAUGAGGUGCAAAAUGCAGAUAAGAAGACGUCCUUUUAUGUAAAGUUGAUGUGGUCAGUUAUUGCGUACUUAAUACUUAGGUUAUGCAAUGAGCUUUCACUAUAUGGAAUUCACUCCACGGUUUGGGCUGAUCCGUUCCCUUGGAUGUCUGUCAUCUUUACUGUUUCCAGUCGUAGAAACAUCAUGUAUCUUGUCCUGGCUUCCAGUGUCGCCUUCCCCCUUGCCAUGUCUAUGUUGGUGAUGGAACUAUUGCUUUGGUUUAAUAUUCUUCAACUUGACAAAGACGUCGAAGAGGACCGUGCACUUUGGAAUUAUGCACAGAAGGUGUUGGGAAUUCUGAUAACUAUUGGUAUGGCUGUAGCAUGUGUUCUUUGUGGGAUGUAUGGAAGUGUUGACGAGCUCGGUGUUGGCAACGCAAUUCUUAAAGUUGUUCAACAGUGCUUUGGUGGAAUCAUUGUCAUCUUCCUGGUAGAAUUUGAAAAGAGAUACGAUAUUUUCUGACAAACUAUCUAAAUGAAACCUGAAAUCAAUGUAACUAGCUAGGAAAAUUUCACUUCUUUCUACUUAUUGUGUAGAGGUUUAAUUUCGAAAUUCUCUUAUGAACAUAGUAUUAACUUUUUUUUUCAAUUAACUAGUACUACGUACUACGUAAUUCUUUCUACA